AUUAGUAUUCUCAAACAAAUGAAAUUCAAUGAAUCGAUUAUGCUAGUGUGCUAUUGAAUGUGUAUCUAUUUGUAUAAAAUUGCAUCGAAAGUGUUGAAGACAUAUUUCAACUAAAUGACAACUCUGUCGCGCAUUGAACAAUAAUACUGCAAAGCAAUAGACAGCAACAAAGACAAAUAAUUAUAAUGCAACAACCGCGAUUAUUUCUAAUUCACAAAUUAAUCUCGCAAUAUGCAUCGGCAUUGCAUGCACCGAGAUACCCUAGAAUACCAACAGUGUCCAGCCAAAUCCAGCAGCAACAAGAGUCACAUCAUUUGGCAUUUAGCCGUUAUCUUACACAAGCGGCAAGUACAAAGCACGAUGGGCAAAAACCAAACAAGACGCAGCAAAAAAUCACGCUGAUAGCACAGAACCAGACCAUGAGUGUCACCACCUUGGAUGAAGCCCAGAAGCUCGCCAAGCGGCGAGAUUUGCAUUUGCUGCGUCUCAAUCAGACCGAUGCCAAGACUGGACGAGCCAUAUUUCGCUUGGUUACUGCUGCCGAAAUGUUAGCAGAUGACCGAGAUGCUAAAGGCGCUGCAAAGUCAUCUGCCGAAAAGGGCAAGAAGGCUGAGAAAUCCUUAACAAUCGGCGCGAGGAUAACCGAACAUGAUCUCGCUUCCAGACUGAAGAACAUCAUAAAGUGGCUGAACAAGCAACACGAGGUGCGCAUCCUGAUACAAGGCAACUCAAGUGGUGCCGACGAUGGCAACGCAGAGCGCAUUGUCAAGUCAAUUGAGGCAACCAUCAAAGAACCCAAUGUCAUUGGCAAGAUUGUGCAGAAACGCCAAAAGGGAGGAUUCAUAAAAUUCAGCAUAAUACCUGUUGCAACUGCAUCAACCACAGCUUCGACUGCAAGUCCUCCAAAUGUCAGUCCAUUGUGACAACCAAAGCUUCCUCGGAUCACUGCAUUGCAUCUACUGCUCGCUCAUAGCUUCUCAACCAUGCAACAAGAACAAGACCAGCCCGCAGAUCCCAAAAAGCCAAUCGUAGUUGCCGCUGCGUCGGUUUUUUUAUUGAUUACUCUGAAAUACGUGUUCUGGUUUCGAGCCUAUAAAAAACCAGAACCGACAACAAACAACCGCAUAUAGCAACAAU